CAUGAUGCACUUAGAUAACAUAUCAUUUAAGGGUAUAGAAACAAAACAAUUCACUGCGAAAUGCACAGAUACAAACAUUGAAUCUGAAAUUUUCCAUAAUCUCAAACAACUAACCUACUCAUUUCACCAUAUACAAAACAAAAAAUGGUGAAAUUAAAGAGUAGAUCUGUACCACCACCUAGAAUGGCUUCUAGGACUGAGCCACACGAGUAAGGGUUGAUGUUCUCCCUUUUCUUUUAUGAUUUGGUCCUUCUCUUUUGAUGCUCGGCGAAACAACAAAGGGAUCGAUUUUCUCCUUCUCACCAUCGAGGAUGGAGGUGACAAGUUUAAGCCGAAGAAAAGAAAGAACGGGGAAGAUCACGGGGCCCUUUGUAAAAAUGAAAUAAAAUAAAAAAUUUCUUAUAUAUUAGAGAUUUAUGCUCGUUGAUUUUUAAUCCUCUGGAAAAUGGAUGGGGUGGAGAAAUAGAAAUUUCAACAUUUUAGCAAAAGAAAUAAAUAUAAAAUAUUGGAGGAGAAGAAUUAUAGCACCAAAAGGGCAUCCUCAGUCCUCACUUUUUAUUUAUAUAUUAAAUAUUAUUUUCCUCUCCCGCUUUUUUCACUUUCCAUUUUGCUAAUUACAGAUCUAACCAAUUCCCACCAAAAAGAGUUCCCUUUUUCCCACUAUUCCGUUACUCUUCUUUCAAAGGGAAGGGUCCCCAGAAACCCAAUUUUCUUUUCAAAUUUAAUUUUCUCAUGUCCGCUUCUCAAGAGCCGUUGAACCAACCCCUACGGCUGCAAAAUCAGCAGCUGCCUUUCUCUAUGAAGCCUCCGUUUAUGUCUCCUGGAGGCGAUUAUCACCACUUUGCUUCCACUGAGUCUCGCCGCUUAGCCGAUCAAAAAGGCGAUGCCAUUGUCGUCCAAUCUCCUAGGAAGAGUGACGUAGCAGAUCGAGAAGUUGAGUCUGGUGACUGGGCAAGGCCUCCAGGGUACACUGAAGUUAUUGGCAGUCCUCUCCAGACACCUGUAUCAGGAAAAGGGGGAAAGGCUCAAAAAGCAUCAAGGCUAACAAAGAACAGUAGAUCUGGUCCUCAAAUUCCUGCUUCAAAUCUUGGUUCUCCUGGCAAUAAUGUCACUCCUACAGGUCCCUGCCGUUAUGACAGCUCCUUAGGGCUUUUGACAAGGAAGUUUAUCAAUUUGAUUAAACAAGCUGAAGAUGGUAUUCUUGAUUUGAAUAAAGCUGCCGAUACCUUGGAGGUGCAAAAGAGGAGGAUAUAUGACAUUACCAAUGUUCUUGAAGGAAUUGGUCUCAUAGAAAAGAAACUCAAGAACAGAAUUCAGUGGAAGGGGCUUGAUGUCUCAAGGCCAGGCGAGAUUGAUGAGAAUGUCACUACUUUGCAGGCAGAGGUUGAGAACCUUUCUAUCGAGGAACGCUGUUUAGAUGAACAAAUCAGAGAAAUGCAAGAAAGACUGAGGAACCUCAGUGAAGACGAAAAUAAUCAAAAGUGGCUCUUUGUCACCGAGGAAGAUAUCAAGAGCUUAUCCUGCUUCCAGAAUGAAACGCUAAUAGCCAUUAAAGCUCCACAUGGAACCACUCUGGAAGUCCCAGAUCCUGACGAGCAGGCUGUUGACUAUUCCCAAAGGAGGUACAGGAUUGUCCUCAGAAGCUCAAUGGGUCCUAUAGAUGUUUACCUUGUCAGUCAAUUUGAGGAGAAAUUUGAAGAGAUACAAGGAGCGGAUCCACCUCCAAACUUUCCAUCAACUUCAGGCUUGAAUGAGAACCCGGCAACAACAAUGGUACCAGAGGAAAGCAGAGGGAAGGAGAUUGAAAUGCAGGGGCAAGAUGAUAAUAAAAUGUGCUCAGAUCUUAAUGCCUCACAGGAUUUUGUGAGUGGGAUCAUGAAGAUCGUUCCCUCUGAUGUAGACUGUGAUGCUGAUUAUUGGCUCUUAUCAGAUCCAAGCAUUAGCAUCAUUGACAUGUGGCGGACUGAAUCUCUGAUUGAGUGGAGCGAGCUUGGUACACUAAAUGAGGGCUAUGGCAUGGCCACAGUUAGCUCAACAUGUCCCCAAACGCCCACUUCAAAUGCAACAGAAGCACCUUCUGCCAACUCAACCGGGAAGUGAAAGGCAUUUUUGCAUAUGUGAAAAUGAAGUUUCCGGAACCUUUUUUGUUUGUUGAGAGCAUUCCUGGCACUUUGGACAUUAAUGUGAAGGUUCGCAAAAGUUGGCUACUCAAUGUUCUUCAAAGUUAGAGGAACUAAAAAACAAGAAGCGGAGGUUCCGAUCUCUGUACAGGUAAUUGAUACUAACAACCCAGGUGCUCUCGUAUGAAUAACGCCAUAUUUUAUUUUGUUAAGUCCAUGUAUAUUAUCCCAUCUUUUGUUUUUAUUGCAUCAACCAGCACAUCUUUUACACAGGGUCAUAUAGACAUCAUGGGAUGACAAGCAAAUGAUCUGAUGUACCUUGUUUUUAUUGAGAAAUUUUAUGAUGAAAUAAAGAUGUUAUAACUCGUAAGAAAUGCUUCAGUGCAUGCCAAGCCUUUUCUUUGAGAAGUUUCCCCCCUCAACAUACCAGAAUUAUGCAAGCAUGAUGCUGGCUGCAAUGAAUUGCAUCACGUAAUACUCUAGAUUCAUAUCAUCUUUGACAGAAUGAAAUCCGAUGCCCGAUGAGUUAAAAUUCAGUUCCUUGAUCUGUUACUUAUUUGCAGAACUUGUAGAUGGCUAUUUUCAUGUGAUAUGUUCCUGUAAGCUGAAGUUAUAUUUAGGUUUAAUCUUUUUAUUAUUACAAUCUUAUGUCUAUUUUCAACAAAUGAAUGCUAGUCUUUGCAAUUAACCCGAUUGCAAGCACACUCAAAUCAACCAAAAUCAUUUUUGAAGCUUCAAGAAAAACUCUUCAAGCCUCCAUGGGAAACAACCAAAGAAAACCAUGUAUUACUUGUACACUAAAUAUGAUGAUGAGACAGGAGCAUUGAAUUUGGAAGUACCCAAACAUUUCACUUAUCUUUUUCAACCUUCUUUCCUAUCCAACCCGCAACAAUAGGAGUGAGAGCCACAGUUGGAGGAAACCUUAUAG